UUGGCGUUGUAGCCGGGCAGAACACCCCGACCACUCAAGUUCCGGAUGGUGGGGGAACGGACGAAAGUUACUUAGAGAAGUCCACCUCUACGAGUUCGACAGUUGGUUCGUAGUGACCAUCUCGAUCCAUCCUCCCAGAAACCAACACUAGCCAUGGCGGAUAAGGAGAAGAAGAAGAAGCCCAAGAAGAAGGAGGAGGCGGCGGCACCACCGCCCGCACCCGAACCCGAACCUGAACCGGAACCAGCAAAACCACCAUCCCAAACUGCCAGCCAGAGAGCAAGCAGCCGUGGAAGCCGAAAGGCCAAGCGUUCCGGCUCCAGCGUCUUCUCUAUGUUCUCACAGAAGCAGGUUGCUGAGUUCAAGGAGGCUUUCCAGCUAAUGGACCACGACAAGGAUGGUAUUAUUGGCAAGAACGAUCUUGCUGCCACAAUGGACUCUCUCGGUAAACUCGCUACCGAGAAGGAACUUGACGAGAUGCUCGGUGAGGCUCCAGGACCCAUCAACUUCACCCAACUGCUCAACCUUUUCGCCGCCCGCAUGUCUGGAUCAGGUCAGGACGACGAUGAUGUUGUCAUCAAAGCCUUCAACACCUACGACGAGAACGGCAAAAUCGACGGUGAAAGGCUGAGGCACGCCCUCUUGACCUGGGGAGACAAAUUCACCCCACGAGAGGUCAACGACGCCUUCGACCAGAUGUACAUCGACGACAAAGGAUUCAUCGACACACCCUCCCUGAUCGCCAUGUUGACCGGAACCGGCGAGGAAGAAGACGAGUAAGAAGGACGACCAAACCUCGUAAACAGCAAACAACAAAUUAAACAAUCACCAUCACCACGAUCGUCGCAAGAUUGACUCGUAGACCGGUUUAAAUUAAACUGGAGAGACAGAGGGAGUCGUGGACACAACAAUUUUCAAGAUGCACAGGAAAAGAGACUCCGUCGAUGCGUGAGACAAGUUGAAAAGUAUUGGAAAAAUAACCAACCGAAUACAAAAUGAAAAACAAUAAACGUACAAUGGAGAAAUGACGCGCAUGGUCGAAAAACUGCGUGAAGAACGGCUGCAGUUUGGGAAAACAUCUCCACACAACAUGCAGAGUUUUUUUUUUGAAUUAAAAACCAAAAUACUUAUGUACUUAAUACUAUUACAUUGUUAAUAUAUAUUACUUAAAUUAUUUAAAUACAAUUCACACGUCAAGCUCCGCAUAUAAUAUAUAUAUAUAUUUGUACAUGUAUAUAUAUCGUGUAUAUUAUCGAUAUCUUAUAACAUAUAGGAUGCUAGAACUCGAGUUAUUCCACGUUUAGAAAAGCUUGCGAUCGAUAUUUUGGAGGAGGGGAAAAGUCUUGCGAUGUUAUCCUAUGUAGGUACGUACCAUUCAUUAUCAUCUUGCAAAAUGACAUAAAUUAACUAUCGCCGGAUUAUUGUUUCAACCUGUGAGAUUGUCAAUUCUCUCAUUACACCGUAUCAUCAUUCAUCAUAUCCAUACGCAUAUUCAAAGACAUAUUCACCACACGUUAUCUUUCAUCUAAUAAAAAAUUAUUUUAAAGCCCA